GGCGAGAACCCAGGAGUCUUGGCUCCCAGCCCCGCUCCCCGCCCGGGGAGGGGCCGGGCUCGGGGGGUGGGGUCUGACUCCGGAUUAUGUCACACUCUCUGCAGCCGCAGUGGGGAGCGGAGCGGCUCGGGUGCAGGUGCAGUGAGCGACCCACGGCGCCCCCAGCCAGCCCGGCCGGACUGAGCGGCCCCAGCCCGCGGGGAGGAUGGCUCCCACGUGGGGCCGGCUGCUCCGGCUCUGGCCUCUGCUGCUGGGCCUGGCCAAGGCCCUCACCAUCCCCAAGGAGUACGAGAUGCACAACCUGAGGCAGCCCCCAGAGAUGACUGAGCAGCUGGUGGAGAAGCUGGUCGUGUUCCCCAGCGACGACAUUGUGCUGCGCUGCGAGGCCACCGGGAACCCCCCCGUCACGUUCCGCUGGACAAAGGAUGGGCACUUGUUCGACCCGCGUCGGGAGGCCGGGGUGACGGUCGUCGAGGGCUCAGGGACGCUGAACAUCGUCAACAGCAACGCGGGGCGGUACCAGGGCGUGUAUCAGUGUUACGCCAGCAACGAGCUGGGCACGGCCAUGGGCCCCGAGAUCCACGUCAUCAAUGACAGCACCCCCCAGUGGCCCAAGGAGAAGGUGUUGCCGGUAGAGGUGGAGGAGGGGGAGUCCGUGGUCCUGCCCUGCAACCCCCCUGCCAGCGCCAUGCCCCCCAGAAUCUACUGGCUAAACAGCCGGAUCGUGCACAUCGCGCAGGACGAGCGGGUCACCGUGGGGCAGGACGGGUACUUGUACUUCGCCAACGUCCGGGGCUCGGACAGUCACCCCGACUACAUCUGCCACGCGCACUACCUGGGGCCCCGCACCAUCAUCCAGAAGGAGCCGCUCGAGCUGCGGGUCCGGCCCACCAACUCGGUGAAGUUUCGCCAGCCCCGGCUCAUGAUGCCGCCGGGGGAGACCAGCUCCCACGUCGCCCUGCGGGGGUCCAGCCUGGCCCUGGAGUGCAUCGCGGAGGGCUUCCCCACGCCCACCGUGGAGUGGGUCCGUCUGAACGGCCGCCUGCCCGCGGAGCGCAUGGCCCUGGAGAACUCCCGGAAAACCCUGCGGAUCCGGGACGUGGUGGAGGAGGAUGACGGGGAGUAUCAGUGUAUCGCCCGCAACACCCAGGGCACCGCCCGGCACAGCUACACCGUCACCGUGGAAGCUGCCCCCUACUGGGCUCAGCAGCCCCACAGCCGGGUGUAUGGCCCCGGGGAGAACGUUCGGCUCGACUGCUCUGUCUACGGGAAACCCAAACCCCUGGUGUCCUGGAGGAUCAACGGCGUCCCCUGGGCAGAGCUGCAGCCGGACCCGGGGCGGACGCUGCGCUCGGGGGCCCUGAUCCUGAGCCAGGUGACGCCCAACGACUCGCUGGUGACGCAGUGUGAGGCCGUGAACCGCCAUGGCCGCCUGCUGGCCAACGCCUACGUCUACGUCAUCCAGCUCCCAGCGAAGAUCCUGACCCCGGACGAACAGCGCUACGCCGUGGUGGAGAACCAGACGGCGUCUCUGCACUGCCAGACCUUCGGGGCGCCCGUGCCCAGCGUGGACUGGUUCACCGAGCGGCUGGAGCCGGCGCUGCAGGACGAACGCGCCUUCGUCCACACCAAUGGCACCUUGCGGCUGAGCCGGACCCAGCGCCAGGACACCGGCGCCUACGUGUGCCUGGCCCAGAACGACCAGAACAACGUCACCCUCCGCGCCUGGCUCGAGGUCAAAGCUGCCACGCGGAUCGAGCUGGGCCCCCAAAGCGCCGUGGUGAAGAAAUCCAGCAACGUGACCUUCCGGUGCCUGGUGCGGUUCGACGAGACGCUGCAGGAACACGGGGUCGAGUGGCGGCGGGACGGGCGCCCCAUCCAGGAGUCGGACGACAGCGACAAGUACAGCAUCGAGCCCGGCUGGCUGCGGAUUUCCAGCGUGGACUACCCGGACCAGGGCGUGUACAGCUGUCGGGCCCACACGGAGCUGGACGCGGUGGAGGAAAGCGCCGAGCUGCGGGUGGUGGGCCGCCCCGGGCCGGUGUCGGAGCUGCAGGUGUCGGAGCAGCAGGAGCGCCGGGUGAAGCUGAGCUGGACCCCAGGGGAUGAUCACAACAGCCCCGUUGAGAAGUUCGUGGUGGAGGCGGAGGACGGGCUCCGGGACCCCGGCACCUGGCGGGACGUCAGCACCGUCCCCGGCCACCAGCCCUGGGCCCGGCUGCACCUGGCCCCCUACGGCGAGUUCCGGUUCCGGGUCCGCGCGGCCAAUCGGUACGGACGGGGCGAGCCCAGCGCCGCCUCCACCCCCGUCCACACCAGCCAGGCGGCCCCGGAGCGCUACCCCGAGGGGGUGGCCGGCGAAGGGAACGAGACCAGCAACAUGCUCAUCACCUGGAAGCCCCUGAACAAGUCGGACUGGAACGCCCCCGAGCUCAGCUACCGGGUGCAGUGGAGGCGGCUGGGCCUGGGGGAGCACUGGAGCGAGGAGACCGUCAGCGCCCCCCCGUUGCUGGUCACGGAGACCCCCACCUUUGUGCCCUACGAGAUCAAGGUGCAGGCCGUGAACCCCGUCGGCAAGGGGCCCGAGCCCCCCAUCGUGGUGGGGUACUCUGGAGAGGACGUGCCCCUGGUGAACCCUGAGAACGUGGGCGUGGAACUGUUCAACAGCACCAGCGUCCUCGUCAGCUGGAGCCUGCCCCACAGAGACAAGCUGCGGGGUCACCUCCGGGGGUUCAGGGUGUUUUACUGGCGGCUGGGCAGCGUGGGGGAGCGGAACCGGCGCCAGGCCCGGGCCCAGCCGCCCCCCCUGGUGCUGACGCUGGAGGGGGAGGUGUCGCAGGCCAGGCUGGGGGGGCUGCGCCCCUGGAGCUUGUACCGCCUCUACGUUGUCGUGUUUAACGGGCGCAGCGAUGGGCCCCACAGCGAGGACGUUGACUUCAGCACCCCCGAGGGAGUGCCCAGCCCCCCCCACUCGCUGCUCCUGGAGCGGGUCUCGGACACGGCGCUGGCUCUGGAGUGGACGCCCCCCCGGUUCCCCAACGGGGCCCUGACCCAAUACCUGCUGCAGUACCGGCAGGUGAACGGGUCGGAGCUGGGCCCCCUGCACGAAAUGUCGGUCCCCGUCUCCCAGCGCAACGUGACGCUGGCCCGGCUGGACCCGCGGGCCCGGUACCGCUUCCACCUGCGGGCGCUGACCCGGGCCGGCCAGGGCGAGCCGCUGGUGCAGGAGGGCGGCACCGUCCCAGAGCCAGUGCUCCCCACUUUGGACAACAUCAGCAUCUCGCGGGUGGGGCCCGAUUUCACCGUCAUCACCUGGGUCCCGAGCCGGCACCAGGCCAACGUGGAGUUCGAGAUCCAGUUCAUGAGCAAGACCACGGCCGAGCCCUGGCGAACGUCCGGCCAGGCGAACUCCACCCAUGGCUCCUACCGGCUCCUCAACCUGCGGCCCGGCACCUCCUACCGCGUCCAGUUCGUGGGGCGCGACCCCUCGGGGGGCAACGUCUCCUUCUGGGAGAGCGAGGUGGAGACCGACGGCAAGCUGCUGACGACCAACCCGCGCAGCUUCGCCACCGAGGGCUGGUUCAUCGGCUUCAUCUGCGCUCUGAUCCUGCUGCUGCUGGUGGGCCUGACCCUCUGCUUCCUCAAGCACAGCAAGGGAGGGAAGUACUCGGUGAAGGACAAGGAGGACACGCAGGUCGACUCUGAAGCCCGACCCAUGAAGGACGAGACGUUCGGGGAGUACAGAUCCCUGGAGAGCGAGAAGGAGGAGAAGCCGUUCGGCGGCAGCCAGCCCUCCCUCGACGGGGCCGUCCCGGCGCUGGGCAGCGACGACAGCCUGGCCGACUACGGGGGCAGCGACGACGUGCAGUUCAACGAGGAUGGAUCCUUCAUCGGCCAGUACAUCGGCCACACGGGCAAGGAGGCGGCCAGCAAUGCCAGCUCGGGGGCUACCAGCCCCACCAACGCCCCGGCUGCCCUGGAGUAGGGGGGACCCGGAGCCCCCCUUUGGGAAUAGGGGAGCCCCUUCCUGCCCCAUGGGGAUUGGGGGGCUGUACCCCUCCCUAUCCCCAAAUCAUGGAGGGGGAAUCCCUGUUAGCUUCCACCCUCCUGCCCCCAGAACAUUAGGGGGGUAAUUUAAGGGGAUCCUGCCUUAGCUCCCCCAAAGUCAACCCCUCCAGACAGGGAAGCUGGGAUUUUCUCUCCACCCCCCUCCCCGAAACAUCAUUUAUCUUCUGCAUGUGACGGGCCAAAACACUUGGGGAGGUGAGGGGUUAAUGGGGGGGCGGGCUUGGGGGGCUCCGUACCCAGGGUUAAUAUUUGCCAAAAAAUAGACACCCCCCCUCCCCGCAUCUUUCCAUGUUUUAAUCAUUCUGGCCUCAGCCUCGGCCCCGCCCCUGGGAGUGAGACUGAGAAGCCAAGGGAGGGGCAGGGAGCCCGGACUCCUGGGUUCCAUCCCUAGCCCUUUCCCCAUGUUUAGGUCAGUUGGUUUCCUUUAAGCUGGGGAAGGGUAGGGGGGACUGACCAUUUCCCCCUAAUUCUGCUCAGCCCCCUCCUCCACUUCCUUUGCAUUUAAUGGGGGGGGGCUGUUCAUACCUCACCAGGGUCCUGGGAUUCCCCUGCCCCUCCCUCGUCAAUGCUGGGAGCUCCCCACGGGAGGGUCCCCUGCCCCCCCCCCCACAAAUCCACCUCCACCACCCACCCCCUGGACUCUCUGCGGGGGGCCGGCAUCACCAUUUCACCCCCUUGAAAGGGAACUGCCCCCCCUGCUUUUCUCACACAGCUGCCUUUGCAACCACCUUUCUCAAGCCAAGUGGCCUCUUGUUCUCUCUGUGCCCCCCGGAUCUCCCCUCCCCCUCCUGCAUCGGGGUCUCAGCUUUGCUGUGUGGCCCCCCAACCCCCCCUUUUUUUUGCAUAAAACAGAUUUUAAAAAACAUUUUAAAAAUGCCCCCCCGGCUGGGUGGUGGCCUGGCCCGGGGCUGCCCCGUGUAGAUAGGUGCCCCCCCCCCCGCUGGGUCGUCGUGCUAGCCGUGGUCUGGGCCUGCUGUGUGCUGUGGGGUAGUCGUGGCUUCGCGUUCCAUAUACGGCAAGAAAAGGGAAAAAAAAAUUAUAAAAAAAGUCCCCUCCCCAUAUCCCAUCCCUGGGGCCAGCUAAGGCCAUGCGCCCCCUCCCCCCGUGUCCUCCCCCUCGUCGGCUGUCACUAGCGUCUUGAUUGAUGGCUUUUUUAUAUCUACACUGUACAGACCGAACCGAGUUCGAAACCUGGCGAAAUAAAAACUGAAACCUG